AAAAAAAAAAAAAUCAAUAAAAACAAAUGUCGUUCUUCUCAGUAAUUGCUAAAAAUAAAGUUUCAAAUUAAUCCUUAAGAAAUGCUGUUACUGCAUUAAAGCCAUCUUAAAAUCAAGAAAUAAUUACAAAAUGGAUAUAAACCUUAAAUAGCAAAGCAAGUUCAGCUGAAUCCCGUUCAUAUUGUGCUUAACUUUCAUCUUUAAUAAGUUAUUACAAUAGAUAACACACUGAAAAAAUUCCAACCAUUAAUUGGGAAGAAUGGAAAAAAUAGAUUAGCACAAAAGGAUUAGUAGAAAAAGUAAAAGAGAAUUAUGAAACUUUAAUAAGAGAAUAAUACCAAGUUGAUUAGAUUGCUAAAUAAGUUUUAUCUUAAACAUCUAAGCCUCUCGAUGAUAUUGAAAAUGAAUUAUCUUUCCAUGCUGCUAUUUGGUUAAAUGCUUAUUCUGAUUAUACUAUGUUUUUAUUUGAACUAGAAGAAUAUAAUAAUCCUAAUGAAUACCUAAUGCAUGAAAACUAUGACUUCUUUAAAGGAUUAGAAGCUGAACUUGAAGAAUUAACUGAAACACAUAACUAUAUUCCUGGUUCAAAGGACGAUGUUAACCUUAGAGGAUAUUUAGCAUGCUAAUUUGCUUGGGGUAAGAAAGUUAUUAGUUUCUAUCGUCAUCCUUCUGAUGAUUUUAAAUGCGCAAAAGCCACAAAAAAUAUGCUUGGUAGAUGAUUUAUUUUUUAUUUAGACUUAUUAAGAUAAGAAUAUAAAUAUUAAAUAACACCUUACUUAUAUGAAAAAAUAAAUAAUAAUUUUUUGUUAUAAAUAAAAGUAAAUGUUAUUUAUAAAUAUUUAAAAUAAAAAAUAUUAAAAU